AGGACCGGCUCUGGUGGGGGGAUAGUUGGACGUGUUUUCAUGCUGCAGAUAAAUCGUUUGUUUUUCAUGAAGGGCCAAAUCUGAGAAAGAGGAAGUUCGUGUUUAAGUCCCCACACAGUGAAACUCGCUCACACCGAGACUUCCUACCAGCUCUGCGGUCUGAACGUGGGCGACGCCACCUUGAUAAAUGGAUGCGACUGAUGGGAGCAAGCUGCUGAUACGCGCGCCUCAGACUGGAGACAUGGAGCGACAAUACGGACAGAACACUUGGGCGCAGCUCAUGCGCCAGGAGCAGAGACGAGUACAUCGGCUGUCCCAAUUCAUGGCCGUGGUUAAUCUCAUCCUGGUCUGUGCAGUCUUGGCUUUACUCGGUGUGGUCAUGCUUGGAGCGCUGGGCCACUCUCCGGAAUGCAAGCCGAUGAUCAAGCUUCACAGCCAUCCACGAGGAUACAUGGACAAACAACAUCAACUUACAGAAGUCAGAACACCCAGUAUCAUGGUGACAGCUCCUACAGGCAGUAACAGUAAAGGUGGACGUCUGGUAUGGGAGACUAAUGUUGGAAGAGUGCACUCUUACGGAGGAUUCAUCUACUCCAAUGGGAGCCUCGUGGUGCCCAGAAAGGGCCUCUACAGAGUCUUCCUACAGCUCACCUUUGAGGGUAUGCCAAAAAGGUGUGUUCCGAACAGGGAGCUGAAACUCGUCAACUACGUGCUCAUGUACCACGAGAAGUACCCUAAAGAUGUGACCCUCCUGACGUCAACCGACCGGGUGAAUUGCAGCCCGGAGUUGUGGAGUAAAUCUCUCUAUACAUCCGGCCUGUUUGAACUGGAUGCUAAAAGCAGACUGAGCGUGAUGUCAUCUGAUCCUGAUUUCAUCACCAAGAAUGAAUCAGAGGUGUUCUUUGGCGCCGAACUUGUGCCUUAAUAAUCUGCUCAGAUUACAGAAAUAGAAUCGGCUGACUCAGAUGUUGCUGGUUGUUUCCACCUUCAUCUGUAAGGAGGCUCAAAGGUGUGGUGCAGGUUUUCUUUUACUGCAGCUGUUCAUGAAAAGUUGAAACCCACUUAUGAACUUGUAAACCCCCCCAAAAAAGCUCCUAUAAUAUCUGCAGGUUUGCUUUAUCUCAGUCUAUUUAUAAGCUGCGUUAUUUCCAGGUCCCAGAGACACACUGCAGUUUACACACUGUUCCAGUGUGUGUUAUCCUAACAGGGUCUUUAAUGGCUAAAGCUUCAAGGCUGAAUAGGCUAAAUCAAUGUAUCUCAGAUAUACCUUUAUUUGUUCUGAAAGUGGUUUGUGAAAUAAGUUGUUCAAGCUUUUCAUUAUUGUUGUUAGUUAAUUCCAUGUGAGUAGGACUUUUAGCCAGUCUAAGAUCUGUAAAGAUUCCCCUUAGGAUCAGGAAUCAGUGAAGGGCUCUUCUUCGUGUUUAUCAAGAUUUUUAAUCACCAAAAAACUUGACUCACCAAAACAACAAACUGAACAAUGAGGUGUCCUGAGAAUGACACUACUAGAGACUAGGGGUGACCCCGACUAAGGAUUUACAUAGUCAAAUGUAAUUCAUCAGAUUUUGCCCAUAGUCGACGAAUAGUGGAAUGUUUGUUGUUUUUCCUUAUUGACCCAAAGUCUGCAUGAUGGUGACCACAUGACAAUAUUACACAUAACCAUUUACAAUUAAGAGACUCAUAGCUUAAAGUAAAAGGGACAACAGAAUAUUAUAAGUAUAAAACUUAGAUUUUUUAAAUCUAUAUUGCAAAAACAACGAGGUGAUGAAGGAGAGAAAACUCAAAUAAGACCACCAUCCGUUUAACAUGGAACAACGCUCCACUAUAGAAUAAGGAAUCAGGAGAUAUUUAAACAGUGUUCACACAGAGGAGAGCAGCACUGUGGAGUUUGUCCAACUUAAGGCUAAACAUUUGUUUGAUGUUCAAAAUCAAACCUGAACCAGCUAAAGGGUUUUUAAAUCUCUUAACAGAACCUUUUAAAACAGUCUUUCAACGCUGUCCGCUUGAGUCUUUUCAAACUGUACGUGAGGAAAACCAUCGUGUGUACGGGCAGAAGUGCGCUCCUUGCUUUGUUGACUGUAAAUCCUGUCUUUGAGAAUAUCCUCUCUGAUGAUGUGGAGGUGGAUGGGAUGCUGUGGAUUGUUUUUGAGGCUUCAGACAGCUUUGGGUAUCCCUCCUCGUUCUUUUGGCCCCGUACAGUUUUUGUGUGGUCCGGUAAUCCUUGAUCUCACAGCCCUCUUCAUGAAGCUGCUCCUCAUCUUCAUCACUAAUUUGUAGGAUCAACUGAAGUUUUAUUUCCUGACAUUUUGAGCUGCCAUGAACGUAGAAAGAUUUAAAGGCCAGCUGAGGUACGUCUGCUCCACAGCUCCCACUAAAUGGGAGAGUCCACCUUUAAUUACCAGGGGAGAUUUAAUUACCACCUUAAGGAGAUUUAACACUUCAAGAGCUGUUCUCAGAAUUACAUUAAAUAAGUCUAUAUUUAUUUAAAAUAGGAUAUAUGAGACACUAUUUUUACGUGAAACAGGAAAAUAAUGUAACAUUAGACAUUGAGCACCCCCAUGGUUUGAAUGGAAUGAUCCACAUUUCAUAUGCAAAUAUUCGACUAUGAGAUUGGUGGUCGACUAAGGCUCAUACAACGAAUCAUCAAAUAUUCCACUAUUUGGGGUCACCCCUACUAGAGACUAAAUGUGCAUUAUAAAGAUAAUGUAAUCUCUAGCUCUGCCUGCUCAUAAAAGGCAUGUUUUUAAUGUACACUUGUAGAGACUGCAGUGAAAAGCUUUUGGAUUCAUUCUUUGAGCAACAACAAAAAAAUCCACACUUCUUAUAAAUCCUAAUUUCUAGCUUUGGAAACGUUGUGUAGUGUAAGAGAUUACAGUUGUCACCUUUUGAUGGCUGGUAAGCUAACAUAUUAAUCCAGUGCCUCUGCUGUAAAGUCACCAUCUGUUGGUAUUGUCCAACCUUUACUCACUUAUGCAGUUGAACCUGCAUGCUCGUGUUAUUGUUGGAGGAAAUACAAAUUAGGUAGUAAAUCAGGUGCCUGGGCCUUUGUCCAACAACAGCGAGACAGCGUGCGUCACCUCUGACAGCCCAAAGUGUUUAACAAACACUGAGUGCUUUUAGGUGUAACAGGUGUAAUGUCAUAACUUAGAUACCUUUGAUGUCUCUCAAUCCAACAAAGUCUUUUGUUUUUCUAGCUAAGAAAAGUUUGAUUAUUUAAAGGCCAACAUGCUAUGGUGCCAUCGCUGGAGAUGGCUGUCCUUUGGCCAAACCAAAAGUUCUAUUUUGGAUGUUUACCCUCACGUAAAUUAUUAGCUGUUACUGAACCUUAUUUAAAAUACCUUUGAUUAAAUAAAGAAGAUAAAAUGGUCAUUUAAGUUAAAAGGGUUUGAAUUUAAAACUUGAAAGAAGUUAGGCUUCAUCUUUAAAGUGAGCAGAUCACAUUCAGUCAAAUAUCCACGUGAUGUAUUUCUGCAGGAAUCUGGCAUUCAAUAAGUAUCAUUCAAACUAUACUUUACAAAUCAAGUGCCAAAGACAUCAACAUCAUGUGCAUCAAUCAAUCAACCUAACAUCAAGACCAGAUCAGAUCCAGUCCUCUCUUACAGACAGGACUUAGUCUGAUCUCAUCUUAAUCCACCAUGAGCAGAGCACUUUGCAGCAUUUAGCAAGUUACAGUGGCAAGGACAAACUUCUUUUAACAGGCAGAAACCUCCAGCAGGACCAGACUCAUGUUAGACACACAUCUGCUGAGACUGUGUUGGAGAGAGGGAUAGAGGGAGAUGAAGAGAGAGAGAGAUGAUAGUGGGGAGACGGAUAGUAGUAGUUGGAGUCUGGUACGUCCUCAGCAACAGACCUACGAGACAAGGGAGCUCAGGGACUCCAGAAAGGUAUGGUUAGGGACUUUAAUGGGACAGGAAGAGUUAAAGUCAGUGAUAGGGGGGUGAGAUAGAAUCCCAGUGUGGCAGUCUAGGCCAAUAGAAGUAUAACUAAGAGCUGGUCCAAGCCUGAGCCAGCCCCAACUAUAAGCUUUAUCAAAAAGGAAAGUUUAAAGCCUUCUGGUUUUAAGGAGAGGGGCCUGAUAGCUAAAGGCUCGACCUCCCAUGCUACUUUUAGAGACUUUAGGUACAAUGAGCAGGCCUGCAUGUUGGGAGCGUAGUGUUCUAUAGGGGUAAUAGGACACUAUGAGCUCUUUAAGAUACGAAGGUGUCUAAUCAUUAAGAGGUUUGUAGGUCAGAAGAAGGAUUUUAAAUUCUGUUUUAGAAUUUACAGGGAGCCAGUGCAGAGAAGCUAACAUGAGAGAGAUGUGCGCUCUCUUCCUAGAGAGUCUUUAGAGACUUAUUAGGGCAGCCUGAUAAAAAGGGAAUUUCAGUAAUCUAACCUAGAUGUAACAAAUGCAUGGACUGGUUUUUCUGUGCAAGAGAACAUUUUUUUGCAAUGUGCAUGAAAUCAGAGUCAAAAGAUGAUGAAAACAAAAAAGUUAAUGUGACCCAUUUACCAAAAACAUGAUAUCCAGAUACCAAGGAUCAGUAUUUCUUACAGCAAGAGCAGAUAUGCUGGUAUAAGAAUUUGUGAAUGAAACAGCACUUUAACUGUAAUAUGAAUCGUCAGUGGUAAACCCUAAGUGAUUGUUUUUUUUAAGAUGAGUAAGAUAACAAGCCUUCCAGUACAGAGGAGAGGAAUCCCUCUGUCAUUAUUUGAUCUGUUCGUGUUGCCACAGGCAGCUCAGUGUUUGGUGAGGGCGGUUGAAAGACUUUAAGUUGCGGUAAGCUCACGCCCACACUGUGUUGCCACCAUGAUGACAGCUUACUGUUAUGUUUCCAUCUUUUAUUGUCUAUCACUCCACCCAGGAAUACCAUAAAUAAACAAUCAAAACUUUCAUUCUUGUAACACCUGAUGUGUUCUUCUGUAAGACAUAUUUAAUGGAAAUGUCAGACAGAUGAAAGUCCACAUUGUGUUGCUGUGUUUCUAUCACUGCUGUGAUCUCAUGUUUGCUCAAGCUAACCGUGAGGUAAUUAAAAACACUCUGGGUCGAUCUGCUGUUAUUUCAUUAGCUUAAAUUGGACUGUUAUAAGCGAUUAGAGGUGCUUUUUUAUUUCAUGAAUUAAAUAAUUGCUUUCUGCGCUCUCUGCACUUUAGCACCAUGAAAGCUGUCUUUUUGCUACUUGAGAGUUGUAAUAUUUGUCUGUGAUUUUUUGUAAGAAUAAAGUGCAUCAAAGUGUUAUCA